AUGAAGUUGAUCAUAAUUGUCAAUUUCUUGCUCUUAUGUCGACUCGUGCAGUCCUUGGAAAAUACCUUUGUCAUUGAAUUUGAUCGACCUGUAUCUUCUGUUGCCUCAAAACGAAAUGCACUUUUCAAACGAUCCAUCUUUUAUGAACAAUUGAAUGUGUAUAACAUUAGCUAUCAGAUCAGACACGAAUAUGAUGUGAUCAAUGCGGUUUCUAUCCAAUUCAAAACUCCUGGCGAUUCUUCUGUAUUCUUUGAAAAGGCUCUUGGUGUCAAACGUGCAUGGCCAGUGAAUACUGUUUCGAAGCCUGCUGUAUUUUUGACAGACAACAAGGAUAAUGAUAGUGUUUCUUCCUUGUUUGGACUUUACAAUGCCACUGGUAUCACUCGUGUAAGAGAUGAAUUAGGAAUCACUGGUAAGGGCAUCAAAGUAGGAAUCAUUGAUACAGGUGUGGAUUAUAUGCAUCCAGCUUUAGGAGGCUGCUUUGGUCCAAACUGCCGUGUCGCCUACGGUUAUGAUUUUGUUGGAGACGCAUACACUGGUGAAAAUAUGCCUAUACCCGACGAUGAUCCUCGUGACACAUGUAAUGGACAUGGCACCCACGUUACUGGAAUUAUCGGUGCCAAAGACGAUGCAUCAAAAUUCACAGGAAUCGCUCCCCAAGUGACGUUUGGAGCAUAUAGAAUAUUUGGUUGCGAAGGCAGUAGUACCGAUGAUGUGAUUAUGAAGGCCAUGGAAAAAGCGUAUAUGGAUGGCAUGGAUAUUAUAAAUUUAUCUCUAGGUGAUGUCGGAUGGCCUGAGUCGCCUGCUUCUCUUUUGGCAGAUGCUUUGGCGUUAAAAGGAAUGAUUGUUUGUGCAGCGGCAGGGAACGAAGGGGAGAAGGGGAUUUUUGAAGUCGGUUCGCCCUCUCUAGGAAGACAUGCUUUAUCAAUUGCAAGUGUGGAUAAUACGCAUGUACUUUCUCAUACUUUUAAAAUUGGCGAUUUGACAGUUGGAUAUACGACUGCUUCUGGUGCUAUAUUUAAUUUGACUUCUGCGAGUAUUGUUUCUGCAUCUACCGGGUUUUUAAAUGACCGAGAUGGUUGUGAUCCUUUAACAGUAGAUGUUACUGGAAAAGUAGUGCUUAUGAAUCGAGGUGGAUGUAUGUUUACACAAAAGAUUUUGAAUGCGCAAGAUGCUGGUGCUAUCGGUGUAAUUAUUUAUAACAAUCAUCCUGGUCCUGUUACACCUGCAGUUCCUGGUAAUUCUGUCAGCAUUGAUUUCGGUGGCAUUUCUAAAGAGGAUGGUUACAACCUAUUCCAUUAUUUAAUGACACAAGGAGAAAAACAAGUCCAGGCCGAAUUUUUAGAACAAGACUUGAGCUUUCCUAUUCCUACAGCAGGGUCAAUUAGCUCGUUCAGUUCAUGGGGGUUGGGUCCAGAUUUAAGCCUAAAGCCUGAUAUAAGUGCUCCUGGCGGGCAGAUUUAUUCUACUUACCCCGUCGAUCUCGGUAGAUAUGCUACUUUAAGCG